AUGUUCAGUUGUGAUGAUGUCUUCAAUUUCAUUAACAACUUGCCUCCACCAACUAGCGAAUACGAAUCCACAAACCGCCGCAUUUGCGAAACCAUCGCAUACGACGUUCAUCAUCUUUUUGUUGAUUUGUCUUGGAAAACGGCCAUCUUUAGGAUCGAAUUUAGGAUUCUGAAGAAAAAUCUCGAUGCGAAAAAAACCAAAAGGACCAAUGUGAUUCGUAAAUAUGAGACUCAAAAAACGGUAAUCUUUUGA